AUGGAUUUCAGCAAGAACUUUGGCAACUUUGGCAAGAACCUCUCCAGCUUUGGGGCUCAGAUUACCCCUUUCGCGUCGCGUACCUUCCAGUACACAAAGGAGCAGCUUGGUCAGGCUGAGGACAAGACCCAGCUCCCUCCCGACUACAUUGACCUCGAGAAGCGUGUCGACGCCCUCAAGCAGGCUCACCAGAAGAUGCUUGCUGUAACCUCGCAAUAUUCCAACGAGGCCUACGAUUACCCCCCUAACAUCAAGGAGACGUUCGGCGACCUUGGCCGCACCGUCAGCGAAAAGGUCCACCUUCUUUCCUCUGCCACCUCCCCCGCCGAGGCCCAGGCCGCUCUUGUCGCUCCCCCUACUGCCAAGCCGCAGCCCAAGACCUUCAGCCAUGCCGUCGCUCGCGCCAGUUUGUCUAGCAGCCAGCUGCUUCACCAGCACCACACCGGUGCUGGCGAGGAUCCUCUGGCGACCGCUUUGGAGAAGUAUGCGCUUGCAUCGGAGCGUGUUGGUGAGGCUCGUCUUGCCCAGGAUGCCCAGAUUCAGAGCCGAUUCCUGGCUGGCUGGAACACCACCCUUAACACCAACCUGACCUUUGCCACUCGCGCUCGCAAGAACGUCGAGAACUCCCGCCUUUCCCUGGAUGCCGUCAAGGCUCAUGCCAAGGGCACCACCUUCAAGCUUGGUGGUAACGCGCAAGGUGGUGAGCAGCACGACGAGCAGGAGCUGAGCCCCGAGGCCCAGGAGGAGAUUGAGAAGGCUGAGGAUGAGUUCGUAACCCAGACCGAGGAGGCUGUCGGCGUCAUGAAGAAUGUUCUUGACACCCCCGAGCCCCUGCGCAACCUUGCCGAGCUUGUUGCCGCUCAAAUUGAGUACCACAAGAAGGCGUACGAGGUGCUGACUGAGCUCGCCCCCGUCAUUGAGGGCCUGCAGACUGAGCAAGAAGUGCGUCGUGCCUCUGCCUUUUAA